GUUGCGUUUUCCUGUUUACGGGCGGGAAGAGCGAACGAAGCUGACUGUAGCAGCUACUGGGUUCAGAUUGGAACCACAUUUGUUUUAAUUGUCGCUGUUGUGUGGAUGGUUUGCACGUUUCCCUCAUUAUCUGCACAUUACCGGGUCUAGUGGGCUUCUUUUUAGGCGGACCGUUUGUGUAAAAGUGCAGGGCUUUCUGGGGAGUGCGGAACAGAUGGACGAUCCUCCUGCAGAUUCUGGCGGUGGCGGCGAUGCAGCAGCAGCGGAGGGCCCCGCGGUGCAGGUGGCGGAUAUCUGCUGGCCGAGCGGGGCUUCUCCUCUACGGCUGCUGGAAUGGAAAGUCAAACCCGGGUCUCUUAUAAACGUGGACUCCGUGCUAGCGUUGUGUGCUCCUAUACCUCAAGAGAAGGGCGCAGAGAGUACUAGACUACCAGAGAAGAAGGUGAAAUCGGACCGUGCUGGAGUAGUGAAGGAGCUAUGCUGUCAACUUGGACAAGUCAUACCACCCGGCGGUGUCAUUGUCAGAAUAGAGGAAUGCAGUCAUCCCAUAGUAAUGAAAGGCCUGUGUGCUGAGUGUGGCCAGGAUCUGACACAGCUGCAGAGCACAAAUGGGAACCAGCAAACUCCCAUCUCCACAGCAACGGUCUCCAUGGUGCACAGCGUUCCUGAGCUAAUGGUCAGCUCAGAGCAAGCAGAACAGCUGGGCAGAGAAGACCAGCAGAGACUGCACCGCAACAAGAAGCUGGUCCUGAUGGUGGAUCUGGACCAGACGUUGAUCCACACCACUGAACAGCACUGCCAACGAAUGUCCAAUAAGGGCAUUUUCCACUUCCAGCUCGGGCGAGGAGAGCCCAUGCUCCACACCCGAUUACGUCCACACUGUAAGGAGUUCCUGGAGAAAAUCGCCAAACUCUAUGAGUUGCACGUCUUCACAUUCGGGAGCCGCCUUUAUGCGCACACAAUUGCUGGCUUCCUGGAUCCUGAAAAGAAGCUUUUUUCUCAUCGGAUCCUUUCCAGAGAUGAAUGCAUCGAUCCUUUCUCUAAGACAGGGAAUCUUAGGAACCUUUUCCCUUGUGGUGACUCGAUGGUCUGCAUCAUCGAUGACCGCGAGGAUGUGUGGAAGUUUGCACCUAACCUCAUCACUGUGAAGAAAUACAUCUACUUCCAGGGCACAGGGGACAUCAACGCUCCGCCAGGAUCACGGGAAGCUCAGAUGGCCAGGAAAGGAGGCCCAUCAAGCCGGCUACCGGAGAGCACGGAACCACUGGGGUCACUGGCUGCGGAUGAGCAAAAUAAUGGCCUCAGGAAAAGGACAAAGGACCACAGUAGUUCUGGAAAGGAGGAAUCCUCAACGCUGCAGUCCUCUCAGGGAGCACCGACAAAUGAACGGACACAUCCUACAGGGGUUGGGGAAGAUGAGUCGAGUCAGGGUAAAGGGUCAGAGACUGAGGCGGAGACUCAGGUCAGCGAUAGGACAAAUGUCAAAGAAGAUGAAUGCAACAGGACAAAAGAAACCCAGGACAGUGCAAACUCCUCGGUACCCAGUCACGAGGCCAAUAAUUUGGACUUUGACCUUUCUAGUGACAGUGAUAAUGAUUCGAUUCCAGACAAACCUCCAAACUCAUCAGAGAGCGACAGUGAAGGCAAGUCAUCCCAGGAAACAAAGUCAAAGCAGGACGAAGUCACGCCAGAACCCACUGAGGAAGAAAGUAAAGGUCGGGGUGAAGGCGAGAAUAGCUCUGAAGAGCCUUCAGGAGUUCUUCUCCCAGACCCUGAGCUGGGAAAUGGCUGCUCGGAUCGAAGAGAGCCAGAAACUGAGUCGCAGAAUAGUGAACAGUCCGGGGUCACCAUGGGGGAGGAGCUGUUGGACCAGAGCAUGGAAGAUGAGGAGGAUGAUGAGGAAGAGGCCGAUAAUGACCAGGACGACCAUCUGAUCUACCUAGAGGAAGUGUUGGAAAGGAUCCACGCUGAGUACUAUGCCCGUUACAACGCCUACCUGAAAAAGGAGGUGAAUGAAACACCGGACAUCCGUAGGAUCGUCCCUGAGCUCAAAAGCAAGACACUGGAAGGCACCACGAUAGUAUUCAGCGGUCUGUACCCAACCAACUACCCCAUGGAGAGAACCCGUGAGUACUACCACGCUAAGGCACUAGGGGCAACUAUCGGCAAGAACAUGAUCCUCAGGUCCCAAGAUCCCAGUCGGACAACGCAUCUUAUUGCAGCAAGAGUCGGCACUGAGAAAGUUCGUCAGGCACAAGAAUGCAAACAUCUCCAUGUUGUCAACCCUGACUGGCUCUGGAGUUGUCUGGAGCGCUGGGAGAGGGUGGAGGAGAUGCUCUACCCACUAAAGGAAGACUACUCUAAAACACCACGGAGCAACAGUCCGGCAGCUUUCCCUGACACCCUGGGCUCCUUGCAGAAGCCUAUUUUUCAGCCAAUCCCCAUCCACCACAGAGUUCCACCUCCGCCCCCCGAGGUUCGCACAUAUGACCCCGUAACUGGGAAGCUGAUCCGCCGGGGGCCUCAGGCUUCGCGACCACCACCCUACCUACAGGCAUCGGGGUCUGACCGCAGAGAAUCGUCUUGUCUCAGUGGAAGUCCAAACAAUCAGCAAGACGAGGCUGGAGGAUCGAGCCAAGACGAUGAGCAGCCGGGGCCAUCUCGUCGGAAACGACAGCCAAGCAUGUCAGAAACAAUGCCUCUGUACACACUCUGCAAGGAGGAUCUGGAGAGCAUGGACAGAGAGGUGGAUGACAUCCUUGGCGAGGAGAGUGACAAUGAGAGCGAGGGUCGAGGAAAGGACAAACCAGCCAACGAAGAGGCUGAGGAUGAAGAGGAGGAAGAGGAGCGGCAGCAGUUGGCAUCUGGACUCGUAUCAGGAGCUGGGCUCGGUCCGCAGGCGCUCAGUUCUGACGCGAGAAGCCAGUCGUCAUCCGGUCAGGCCAGUCUGUCACAUACUGUGCCAAGGGGCCACAAACGUAAGCAUGAUGAAGCCAAGGAAGAAGAGGAUGAUGAGCUGGAAGAAAAAGAGGAGGUGGAAGACUCCGAUGAUGAGUCCUCCAAAGACUCUAAUGAGGAAGAGGAAGGCAGCAGCUCGGAAGCAGACGAGAUGGCGGCUGCUUUGGAGGCAGAGCUCAAUGACUUUAUGUAAUGUGAAAACUCAGCGGCAGGAAAAAGGACAACAAAGAUUAGUGGUGACAGAGUCUGUGUGUGUUUAGGAUGUGUGAGCCAUGGAUGUGUGCUGUGAUCAAAAUGAAUGUCCUGUACAGAAAUGACAUGAUGCUGUGUAAAUAAAAGCUUAGUUUUUUUUUUUUUUUUUUUUUUUGUAGCAUUGAUAUAAAGCCGUUUUGGGAGAAAAUAAAAAAAGACUUUCAUGUUAGAAUUUUAUUGUGAGAUAAACCGUAGGAGAUGUAAGAUUUGAUAAUGUUUUGUUUUACUUUUUUCCUACUCGAUUUUUAUAUUGAUGAAUUAAUAAAGAGAAAUUAAAUGAAUAAACCAUAACUUCCUGGUUGUACAUGCCAAAGAGUUUGGAAUGAGUUUGCCAAGGUGUGCAGCUAAAUAUUUUACAACUUCCACUUUUUUUUUUUUUUUUUGGUUUUCUUUUUUUGUUGGCAGUUAUUUUGGUGUCAUAAAUGCAACCAGCGAUUCUAGACAUCUGAAUGUGUUUCUUCCUCCUCAAAGUGUUUGUAAUAUUUCAUAACAUACUGUUAAGGUGUCAGUUUUUAAUGAUGCUUAGGUUUUUCAGUGUGCUAUCAGCUAAACCUGAACUCAACUUUACAACCUAGAAAUAUUCUUUUUCAUAUGGAAUCCACAAUUAGCUGACAUUUACCUCCUUCCCCAGAUCUGAUUUGAUAUCACGGCGGUAGAAACUAAACCACACCCUCUUUGGGCUUGAACGCUGUGGCUGAGAAGCUGCCAAAAAGACAGGCAGUUCUUCCAAGUUACAACGAAAAAAUCCCUUUUACUCACUUGUAGUGGUAUCUAGUGUAAAUGCAAUUUUUGUUUGUUGGAGCUCUGAAAACUUCUGACUAAAAAAUACAAGUGAAUCUGAUUGCCUGUGAACUGUGCUCAAGGCAGCUACAAACACUGGUGCGUGAUGGAAAACAGCAGAUUGUUCACAUCAAAGUCUGUACACAAACUGCAUACAGCAUAUGGGGAAAAAAAAAAAGGUUUUAUAGACUUGGUGCUGCUCCCUCUAGGACAUUCACCAAGUCUUUAAAGAUACAAAAAAAAAAAAAAAAGUUGGAAAGAAAUGGGAUUAAAAUCUUUGGCGCUAGCUAGCAACCUCUCCUUAAAGGGCCAGUAUUUAAAAUUUGUGUACGAUUACAUGAUGUUUGUGCUGAUAUCUGUUUUCAGCUUGAGAGGCCACAAUUUGCUUUUGUCGGCUUCAGCAAAAACUACUCAACUUCCUGUAAACUACAUCCAUAUUCUAAAUCCAAAACUCAGGAUUCAUGCUGUAUGCAACACAAUCUACAGUAACAGUGAACUCCAAUAAACAGACUCCAACACAAACUACAUUGAAGUGCACAUCUUAGGUACUGAACCUUUAAGAAUAGCAGCUUGAGGCCACAUUAGCCGCUAAGAGUCAAACAAACCAGUGUCUCAGGUUAAACUGUCGGUUGAGUUACAUGAAGCUUAUGUUUUCUCUGUUUGCAGAUCUUAGCUUGAAUUCAUCCCAUUUGGAGACACGUAGAAAAAUCCCAUAUUAAAUUUAAUUCCAGUUCUUUACGGAAAGUUCCUUAGUUUCCAUGUGGUCUGUCACCUCUUAAUGAGUUUUCCAUAUUCAUAAGACUAUGAGCACAAAAGUGAAAUCAAGUUCACCUCCACUAACUGAUGAUUGACUUAUUUUGAAACCCUGACCAUCUAAACCACAGUAGGAGCAUGGAUAUAUAUAGAUAUUUAUAUAUAUCCAGAGUAAAAUGAGACAAUGUCGUGUCAUUUCCAUGAAGUGCCCUUGUAAAGCUGCAUUAGGCAAGAUGCUUAAAGAGUAUACAAAUGUAUAUCAAAAAAAAAAAAAAAGCCUCUUUUUUUCAAGCAGCAUUUCAUCACUAGGGUGUGUACAGAUUGUCAGAUGUGGCUGCUCAGUAAAUUUGCUUUACUUAUGUGCACUUGACUGACAUCACACAGGAUUUCUGGGUACUGAAGGUUAUCCAUUACCAUCACUCACAUUUAUAGUCUGUUUGUGUCCCAUCUGCCGUCAGGUCCGUUGUAGUAAAUGUGUUUUUUUCUUUCUCUCUUACUCAAAGCUGUUUGCUUCCUAUGCAUUUCUAUGAAUAAUGAACUGUCAUAAGGCAAUAGUCCAGGACAGGUGUGUGUUUGGUUCUCUGUUCCUGUACGUUUUACCCUUAGCUGCCUUUCCCAUGCAAUGCACAGCAGAAUUUCAAGAGUUUCCAUAUUUGUGAGUCAUCCCCUUUUUUUUUUUUUGCUUUGUAUUACUGUUUGUUUUAUCAUGAACUUCAAUCAACUGACGUGUAUAGUAUUUGUAAAGUCUAUUUCCUACUUGACCCUGAGAGAAAAAAUAAUUUCCUUAAAUAAAAUGUUGUUUAUUAAGUAAAA